GAAAGAGUCACAAGCGGCGAUGAUCGCGCAGGCCCGGCCCACAGCGCACGGGGGAGGUGACAAGACUCAAGGCUGCGGGGAGAGCAGCGCGGAGCUGAAUCUGACGUGCAAGUUUUGACGUCAACAACGGAAGUGGCAUUUCUGAGGUGUCUACUGAUGUCAUCGUGACACAAGACGAGAGGCCACUGUGGGAAGGGGAGAGAGAUAUGGAGAUGGAUAGGAGGGGUAUGAACGAUAUCACUCUGACAUCAUAGAGGCUCUUAUAUACUGGGUGGAAUGGAGCCCACCAAUCCACACUUCACUUCUGAGGAACCCAAGAGGAGACACAGCCAACAGGUUGAACAAGAAACCAAGGGGACAGCAUUGACUUCUGCAGGAAGUGCUCCUCUGUGAUCAUCUCUUUAUUUUCCCCAUACUUCUCUCUGCUUUGCCAUUUGUUAUAUACCCUUUUUUGACCUCUAACCCUAUGGACUUGGGCCUGUCUUAAAUGUGUAACGACUGUGGGACUACUACCAACAAGAUGCAGAUGCAGCUAACCUUCAUAAUGCUACUAUUUUUAUUUUAUAGCGGACUAUGCUCAGAUAUAGACCACGGGAAAAGGGCAAUAGAAGAAAAGGUACUGAGAAGUCUCCUCACAUCAAAGGUAAAGCAGAGCAAGCACAUCGCCCCCUUGUGGCAACUGCCUCUUCAGGAUUUGUGCAGGAUGAUGGGCAGUCUUGGGGACGCAUUGCAAGAGGCCUGGGGCAUCGAGGAGAAGGAUGAAACAGAGCCUGACUAUGAUCAAAGUGUAUCUGGUACAUUCGCCCAAAUGCUCGUGGAACUACGUGACCUUCAGAACCUCUGUAGGGUACUGGAGCCCAGAGAGCUUCAAGACGGCCAAGAAUAUCAGGACCUGGAUCAAAACAGCGACACCCCACUGAAGAGGAAAUCCCCCUAUAUACUAAAAAGGCAACUGCGCACCAACAAAUCAAGAAGGCCGUACAUUCUGAAGCGAAGUGCAUAUUACUAAUGUUCAACAACCACAUGCGGAAAGACAUUUUUACAUUUUGUGAACGUGUCUGUUUUCACUGUCAUAUCAUUGGUAGCAAGUGUAAUUGUGUAAUGUUUUAAGCUUGUUUAGCAAAACUUAUUUAAUUUAAUGUGAAGUUAGUCCCUUCUUCACUACGGGAUGGACAGUGUAGAUAAAAAAAGCAUUUAUUAAAUUUAUUCUAUGUUUAUUUAUUUAUCUUCUGAUGUAAAUCAUACUUAUUAAAACUCAUUAUGAUAUUGA